UGGCAAAGUAGGCAUUUGAGCCAUUUGAGGUUACUUGUAUAGUAGGUAGACGUAUACCUAUUUUAAAAUUUUUAUUAAAAAAAUUGUUUUAAGUGACUAGAUUUUCAUUUGUAUUUUUUUAAAUAGGCAGUUUAUAUAUAAAAUGAACAGACGUGAAGAAAAAGAUGAUGACGAGUCAAAAAAUUACUUGCAGAAUCUUGAUAAAUCGGCCCUCAUACAGGAAGCAAGAUAUUUUAAUUCAACGCCAGUUAAUCCACGGAAAUGUAUUCUUAUUCUCAGUAAAAUAAUAUAUCUGAUUAAUCAAGGCGAACAGUUAACGAAUCAAGAAGCUACCGACUUAUUUUUCGCUACGACCAAACUGUUUCAGUCUAAAGAUGUAGUGCUACGUCGUCUUGUUUACUUGUGUAUCAAAGAGCUAAGUUCCAUGGCCCAGGAUGUUAUCAUUGUAACUUCGUCUUUAACUAAAGAUAUGACUGGACAAGAAGACUUGUAUCGUGCAGCAGCUAUUAGAGCUCUGUGUAGUAUAACAGAUAGUACCAUGCUCCAAGCAAUAGAGCGAUACAUGAAACAGGCGAUUGUAGAUAAAAAUCCAGCCGUGAGUUCAGCUGCUCUUGUAUCAGCCCUUCAUUUGUCUGCAACAGUUCCCGACUUAGUGCGGCGGUGGGUAAAUGAAUCCCAGGAAGCCAUCACAUCUGAUCAGGUUAUGGUUUCUUACCAUGCCUUGGCUGUGGUAGCUGCUGCUCGAAAAAAUGACCGCUUAUCUACAGCCAAACUGGUUAUGAAAUUGACCCGUGCACCUCUACGUUCGCCUUUUACACUAAGUUAUCUCAUUCGUCUUGCAGCUAAAGUAGUUGAUGAGGAUCCAGAUGCUGUCAUGCCUUUAGAUUUCCUUGAGACAUGCUUACGCCACAAGUCAGAAAUUGUUGUAUAUGAAGCUGCUCAUGCUCUCCUGAACUUGAAGAAACCAACAAAAAGUCUUGCACAUGCUGUUUCUGUUCUUCAAAUAUUUUGUGGUUCAUCCAAAGCAACCUUACGUUUAGCUGGAGUCCGCACUUUGGCGAAACUGGCUAUUAAGCACCCCAAUUUAGUUGCGAACUGUGCAGCUGACUUAGAAAACUUAAUCACGGACUCCAAUCGUUCUGUAGCUACUUUAGCCGUGACAACUCUCCUGGCAACUGGUGCUGAAAGCUCUAUUGAUCGACUUAUGAAGCAAAUAUCAGGUUUUAUGUCUGAAAUUCCGGAUGAAUUUAAGACUGUUGUGGUUAAUGCGAUAAGUUGUUUAUGCACUAAGUAUCCACGAAAAUAUCACUCACUAGCUUCGUUCCUAGCUGGAAUGCUCCGUGACGAAGGAGGUUUACAGUAUAAAACAGCUAUAGCUGAGGCUUUGAUUGAUCUUGUUGAAAAUAAUCCGGAAGCAAAAGAAACUGGCUUAGCCCAUCUUUGUGAGUUUAUUGAAGAUUGUGAACAUACUUCUCUGGCAGUGCGUAUUUUAUAUAUUUUAGGACGCGAAGGACCGAAAGCACCUCAGCCAUCAAGAUACAUACGUUAUAUUUAUAAUCGUGUUAUUUUGGAGACGGGACCAGUACGUGCAGCGGCUGUAGCCGCAGUCGCCAGGUUUGGUGCAUCGCGACAGGAAUUGUUACCAAAUGUUAGAGUUCUAUUGUCUCGCUGCCAGUUAGAUGAUGACGACGAAGUUCGCGAUCGAGCUAUUUAUUACAGUGCAAUAUUGGAUUCAGGUGAUAAACAACUUAUAAAUGACUAUAUUCUUAACAUCUCUAUGCCAAAUCCAAUUUUGCUAGAACGCGCUUUAAAGGAUUAUUUGGUUUCGGAAAAUGCAAUCAAUGAACCAUUUAAUGUGGAUAUAGUUCCUGUAGAAGAAGAAGUUCAGGAUGUUAAAGAAUCAUCAGUAGAAAUAGAAACUCGUAAAGUAGCCGUUGUUUCUCUACAAGAGAAAUAUGCUGACGAUUUAAAGAUUGUUCCAGGUAUUGAGAAAUUAGGACCUUUAUUUAAAACUUGUGUUGCAGUAGAUUUGACUGAACCUGAAACUGAAUACAGAGUAAGUUGUGUAAAACACAUUUUUGCUAAACAUUUGAUAUUACAGUUUGAAUGUUUAAAUACACUAAGCGACCAAUUACUGGAAAAAGUUCAUAUCAGAUUAGAAAUGAUCCCGGGUUACAUAAUGCUCAAUGAAGUACCCUGUGAGAAGCUACCUUACGACAAACAAGGUAGCAUCUUUUGUGUUUUAGAAUUUCCCAAAAACCCCAUCGAAAGUCUCGGUUCAUUUGGUGCUAUUUUAGAGUUCGUAGUGCGGGAUUGCGAUGCAACUACUGGGUUGCCUGACGACGGAGAAGGAUACGCUGAUACGUAUCCAUUAGAGGAAAUUGAAAUCGGCUGUGCUGAGCAAUUUAGAACUAGCCCAGCUACAGAUGACUGGGAAGGGUCAUGGGAUAGAGCUUCAUCUGUUGCAGAAGCUAAUGAUACGUUUGGUAUGGCGCAAACUGAUGCAGGAGAGGCCGCUUUGGCUGUCUGCGAACAUUUAGGUCUCUCAAUGGCGGCUAUUACCGGGGAUGCUGUCAAAGAAAUACGGGGAGGAAGUAUAUGGCGUGAAGGAGCCCCAGUACUAAUUAGAGCUCGCUUGGUUGCAGCACAAGGGGCUGUGACCAUGCAACUAGUAGCUCGCUCUGUACGAGAAGAUAUUGCUACCUUUCUUCUUACUGCUGUAGGUUAAUUUUAUUACUAUUGGAUAGAAUAACUUACGACAUAUCAAGAGUUGUUACAUAACAUCUAGCGAAUAAGACCGCCGCGCCUAUGGUAAUUUCUGGAACUCGAUUUAAUACGAAAGAACAUAUAUUUUUGUUUGGUAUAUAAGUAAGUACUUACUUACAGAUUAACUCGUUAGAUAAUAAUCGUUUUCUUGUUAAUUUAAACAUUAUUUAAAAAAUAUACGGUCAACAUUCACAUAGGAUUACAACUUUAUGGGUUUUCGACUUCCUGCUCCCAAAGGAACAUUUUCAGUAUAUCAUCCUUAACCAUACGAUCAGUAUCGUGUAUCUAAAAUACCCAUGAAGUCCUCCUUUGCAAUAUUUUAUUGCUAUGUUAUAUUACUUAAUUAUUUUCUUACUGUUCCAUUAUUGGUUAUUUUACUUCAAAUUUUGUGACAGCACUAGGUAGUAGGAAACUAAUUUUUGUUAAUAUAGAGGUACCUUUACUGUUACUUUAUUCUAAGAAAAUAUAAUUUGAUUUUUAAA